CCUGCGCGGCGACGUCAGCCGGCGGGGUGACGCAACGACGCCGUGACGCAUCGGCGGCGGGAGCAGGCGGGAGCGCGGACGGCGCCAUGUCGCUGCUGUGUUGGAUCUCGAACGAGGUACCGGAACACCCCUGCGUGUCCCCUGUCUCCAACCAUGUGUUCGAGCGUCGGCUGAUUGAGAAGUAUAUCGCCGAGAAUGGGACUGACCCCAUCAACGGGCAGCCCCUGUCGGAGGACCAGCUCAUCGACAUCAAGGCCAGCCACCCAAUUCGUCCGAAGCCUCCCUCUGCCACCAGUAUCCCAGCCAUCCUGAAGGCACUGCAAGAUGAGUGGGACGCAGUGAUGCUGCACAGCUUCACCCUGAGACAGCAGCUGCAGACGACACGCCAGGAGCUCUCCCACGCUUUGUACCAGCACGACGCCGCCUGUCGGGUCAUCGCCCGGCUCACCAAGGAGGUCACGGCCGCCCGAGAAGCUCUGGCCACGCUGAAACCCCAGGCCGGUCUGGCGGUGCCGCAGGCUGCACCAGUCACCCCCGCUAGCGCCCCGGGAGCUGGAGAACCCAUGGACGUCAACGAGCAAGUGGCGAUGACUCCAGAGAUCAUUCAGAAGCUCCAAGACAAGGCGACAGUCUUGACCACUGAACGUAAGAAGAGAGGGAAGACCGUCCCCGAGGAGCUGGUCAGGCCCGAGGAGCUCAGCAAGUAUCGGCAGGUUGCCUCCCACGUGGGUCUGCACAGCGCCAGUGUCCCAGGAAUCCUGGCUUUGGAUCUGUGUCCCACCGAUACCGGCAAGGUGCUAACAGGUGGAGCGGACAAGAACGUGGUCGUCUUCGACAAGAACUCCGAGCAGAUCCUCGCCACGCUCAAGGGGCACAACAAAAAGGUCACCAGCGUCGUCUACCAUCCCAGCGAGAAUAUCGUGUUCUCCGCGUCACCUGAUACUACGAUCCGGAUCUGGUCGGUGACGUCUGCCUCCUGCGUCCAAGUGGUGCGGGCCCACGAGGGGGCCGUGACUGGCCUGAGUCUGCACGCCACCGGUGACUACCUGCUAAGCGCCUCUGACGACCAGUACUGGGCCUUCUCUGACAUCCAUACUGGACGUGUUCUGACCAAGGUCACAGACGAGGCAGCCGGAUGUGCCCUGACCUGCGCCCAGUUCCACCCGGAUGGGCUCAUCUUUGGCACUGGAACCAUCGACUCCCAGAUCAAGAUCUGGGACCUGAAGGAGCGGACCAACGUGGCCAACUUCCCCGGCCACUCGGGCCCCAUCACCAGCAUCGCCUUCUCGGAGAAUGGCUACUACCUGGCCACGGCGGCCGACGACUCCCAGGUCAAGCUCUGGGAUCUGCGCAAGCUCAAGAACUUCAAGACUAUCCAGCUGGACGACCACUUUGAGGUGAAAUGCCUGACGUUUGACCAGAGCGGGACCUACCUGGCGGUGGGAGGGACGGACAUCCGGGUCUACGUCUGCAAGCAAUGGGCCGACAUCCUGCAUUUUACAGGUGAGGGGUUCUGCCCUCCUGCACCGACCUGCACGCAGGUCUCCCCCCCCCCCCGGUCGCGGGAAUGGACGCCGAGCCGUGGAGGCGGGACGCCGUCCCUGCCCCCCCCCCCCCAGUGGGCUUCCCGCUGCUCCGGGAGAGUGCCAGUGUACUCCGGGACCACCCCCCCCACCUCCCUGGGCAGACUCUCUCCCCAUCGGGCAGGCGGUAUGGGAGAACACUCACCCAAGCCCCCCCCCCCCCGCCAAACCCUGGCUCAGGGACCGCUGUCAUCAAAUGAUUCAAUGGUCCCCGGGUAUGAGAAGAUCAAAUCUAUUAUCGGAGUAGGUGCACGGGUCACCGCAGGCAGCCCUGAGGUGCAUUCUCCUGCUCAGCCAGUCUACCGGACAGUGACUGUGACGGGACCGGUCAAGGCCCAGAGCACAGACGGCAACUAA